AUGGCACUGGAUGAGGGAAAUCAGAGCUCUGUGACUCUAUUUAUCCUCCUGGGUUUCUCGGAGUACCCACACCUCCAGGCACCCCUCUUCCUCAUGUUCUUGACCAUCUACACAGUCACUCUGGUGGGAAACCUGGGCAUCAUUGCGGUUGUAAGGAUCAACCCCAAACUCCACACACCCAUGUACUUUUUCCUCAGUCAUCUAUCCUUUUUAGAUAUUUGUUAUUCCAGUGUAUUUACACCAAAACUGCUAGAGAUCUUGGUCAUGGAAGACAGAAGUAUCUCCUUCAAAGCAUGCAUGGUGCAAUUUUUUUUUGUUUGUGCGUUUGUGAUUACAGAAAUGUUCAUGUUAGCAGUUAUGGCCUAUGACCGGUUUGUGGCUGUUUGCAACCCCCUGCUCUACACAGUGGCUAUGUCUCGGAAACUCUGUGCCCUCUUGGUAGCUGGAACCUAUGUAUGGGGUGGAAUAUGUUCCCUGACACUCACAUACUCUCUUUUGGAACUAUCCUUCUGUGGUCCCAACAUUAUACAUCACUUUGGCUGUGAGUAUUCUGCGCCCCCUGCCAUCCUUUCUUUAUCCUGCUCUGACCCCUCCUUUAGUCAGAGGAUGUGUUUAGUCAUUUCCACAUUCAAUGAGGCUUGUAGCCUCCUGAUUAUCCUCGCCUCCUAUAUUUUUAUAGUUGCCACCAUAGUCAAGAUGCCAUCUACUGGAGGACUCCAGAAAGCCUUCUCCACCUGUGCCUCCCACCUGACCACCAUCACCAUCUUCCAUGGGAUCAUCCUUCUUCUCUACUGUGUGCCCAACUCCAAAAGCUCGUGGCUCCUGGUCAAAGUGGCCACUGUGUUUUUUACUGUCAUGAUCCCCAUGUUGAACCCUCUUAUUUACAGUCUUAGGAACAAAGAUGUGAAAGACACAGCCAGAAAGUUAAUUCACACCAAAUUGCUUUCUCACUCAAUGUAA